AUGCCCCAGGGGACAGAUGUCUUGGGAUCUUUAACAUUUGGGAUGCUGCAAAUGCCGAAGUUAAAUGAAAUACCUCCGGGGAGGGGAAACCGGGGGGAGAUUCGAGGAGAGGGAAGAUGGCCUGGACGAACAGGCCCUGAAAUUGCCAGGCAGGAGCAAGGGGCGCGGGGACUUUUGGGCGGCACCGGAGCUCCAUGGGACAGCUGGGGAAACUCCACACCACCUACACAUCCUGGUCCAGCCUGGGAGCAGCAUCGCCCUUCCCUACUCUGUGCCCCCUCCUCCCAGAAAUCUACCAUGGAGAGUAAGGAUGAGGUCAGCGACACAGACAGCGGCAUCAUCUUGCAGUCUGGCCCUGACAGCCCCAUCUCCCAGACCAAGGAGCUGGCCCACAAGGAGCUGACUCAAGCGGUUCGCAAACAGCAGAGGGCCCUGGAGGAGCGGCUAGAGGCCUGCCUGGAGGAGCUGAGGAGACUCUGCCUAAGGGAGGCGGAGCUGACAGGCACCUUACCAGCAGAAUAUCCCCUCAAACCGGGGGAAAAAGCACCGAAGGUCCGGCGCAGGAUUGGAGCGGCUUAUAAACUGGAUGAGCAGGCCUUGCAUAGGAAGGACCCCCUGAGUGGCCUGGAGCAGGAGCUGGCCCUGCAGCUACAGAUCGCAGAGGCAGCCCGGCGGCUCUGCCGGGAGGAGAACAUCAGCAGGCAGACCCGGCGGCAGAGGAAGCACGCCAUGCUGCAGGAGGAGAAGAAGCUACGGGAGCUGGAGCGUUGUGUUGGGGAGCAUCGGCGGCGGCGCAACAGCGAGCCUCCACCCGCCACACUCCCACUGGGCCGAGAGCUCAGUGCCUCUGAUGACAGCUCCUUAUCAGAUGGGCUGCUCCUGGAGGAGGAGGAAUCUCAAGUGCCAAAACCUCCCCCAGAGACUCCGGCCAUGCCUUCCCGACCUCUUCCACCCCAGAGCCUGGAGGGGCUGCAGCCAGCAGGACCUGAGACUGGGGCCCUGGAGCGAGCCCCUAUCCAGAAUAGCCCCUGGAAGGAGACCAGCUUGGACCACCCCUACGAGAAGCCCCGGAAGUCUUCUGAGCCCAGUAGCGAGUCUAGCAGUCCAGCUACCACACCACAGGAUGGGCCCAGCAUGUCCAGCCUUUGGCUGCCGGAGUCAGCUUCCUUCCAUGUGGUCCCCAUCCUCAGUGUUCCUGGUCAGCGGCCGGGCCGCACAAGUGCUCCCGCCACCCCCGAGAUGCAGGGAAGGAGGGGCCAAUCGAAGUCUCUGAGGGUGGAUUCCUUCCGGGCUGGACCAGAGGGUCGAGGCCGCAGCGUCUUUCCCCGACGUCGUCCCACUCACUACACAGUGACCGUGCCAGACUCGUGCUUCCCCGCUACCAAGUCCUCCCUGCCGCCCCCUGCCUACCACUCCUGCUCAGAAGACAGUGGCUCCGAUGUCUCCAGCAUCUCCCACCCCACGUCACCAGGCAGCAGCAGCCCCGACAUUUCCUUCCUUCGGCCCCUCUCCCCACUUGAGCUCCCUCACCACCUUGGGGCUUGGGUACCUCACUACCCCCAGCUCCUUUUGCCCCCGGGGUACUUCCCAGCGGGGCGGUAUGUGAUGAUGGCUGAAAACCACCCUAUGGCUUAUGAGGACGAAGGGGCGUCCCUGCGCUAUCAGCGGCUAGUGGCCGCCCACAGCCGCAUCGUGCGCACGCCCUCCCUGAAGGACAGCCCUGCGGGCCGGGGGCUUAGCAAGGCAGCAGUUUCGGAGGAGCUCAGGUGUUGGCAUGAACGCGCGCGCUUGCGGAGCGCUCGCCCCCACUCGCUGGACAGGCAGGGGGCCUUCCGAGUCAGGAGCCUGCCCCUAGGGAGAGAGAGCUUCUCACGAGCCCUGGGACCACAGGCACAGGUGCCUACAGUGUGUGUGCUCCGGAGAUCACCUGAGGGGGCCCCUGUACAAGUCUUUGUACCUGAGAAUGGGGAGAUCAUCAGCCAGGUGUAG